GCGAUUGUUUCCUUCGACCGGACCAAGGCCUUGUACAUCUUCAUCCUCGUCGGCUUCCACCAGAUUUUCCUGAAGGCUUCCAGCCGUUCCAUUCAGCUUUCAGAGCAUCUGCCGUACGAGACGGUUGACCACGGCGUCGAAAUGAUGAUGGGCAUGUCUUUGAUCUCCGGUUACCUUUCUUCUGCCACUUGGAAGGACGUCUCUUGGUCGGAGCACAUGAGGAAGAAGGUGGCGAGGUUGAUUCCCCCGUACAUCGCGGCACUCGCUGUCACAGGCCUGUCGGCAGCGAUGACUUGCAGGACAACGACGUGCGCCGCGCAACUCGCUCUUGACUGCUUGACGCUGGGCGGGUGGAAUCCGAUGCUGAUUUGGUGGACGAGCAAUCGACCCCUUUGGUUCAUAUCGACGCUGCUGACGUACCACUAUGUGUCGCCCUUUUUCCUGGCAUGGAUUCGCCGUCGCAGCCUGCGGCAGCUGUGGGCUUCCCUGAUUGGCAUGUAUGUCUUUCGCUUGUCCCUGGCGUGCGCGGUGCUGACCACGUUGUCGCAGAUUGCUGCGGAUGGCCAGGCGUCCAAGGAGUGGUUCAGGAUCAUUCACGUGUGGAGUCCCACACAGAUUUGGAUUCCAUUCAUGGGUGCCAUUUUGGAGCAGCUGGUGUCUCGACUGGUCAUCCCAGCUUGGAUCCAGCGCUGGCACGUUUGGCUGGCGUCCCGUGCUGAGCUUCGAAUCACAGGUCCCUUUCUCUUGGCUCUCGUUUCGCUGAUGAGCUGCGACUGCAACACGUGUCGUGCCGAUAAUGUGUUCCAGAAAGUGACGAGUCUCACGGGGGGCUCGCGGCAGCUGUGUGGCUUCAUGCUGAAGAUCUCCUACACGCUCUACCUCACCCAUUGGCCAUUUGCAAGCAUCCUGCACGCUUGCGGCGUCUUCGAUGAGGACUCGUGGAAUGGCAUGGCGGGCACUUGGGCUGGCUCUGUGGUGUUCGCUAUUGGAUUCGAUGUCUUGGUGGCAGAACCCUUCACCGAGCUCUUCUCCUCUUGGCUGAACCCGAAAGCCAAGUCGGCCAAGUCGAAAGAAGGGCAUGUGAAGAAAGGGAAUGCAAGGGCCGAGAGCGACAAGAAUGGCAAAGUAACGGACACGUCAAAGGAGCCAAGUCCGAAGAUUGAACAGGCGAUGUCAGUGGCUUCGCCAAAGUCCGUGGCCUCCACCAGUCUGGACAGCGUGGACAGCGCGCACAGCGCGGACAGCGCGGACAGUGGAUGCAUCUACUUGGACAUCCUCUCGCCCGUGAGAAGUUUUAUGCCGUGGUCAUAG